AUGUAUACAUUGGAAUGUGCUAAUAGCGCUUAUUCUUGCAAUCCACUUCAGAGCUACGCUAAUCCGUGUACCUGUCUAGGGGAAGGAUGCAAACAGAUGUGCACAAGUGAAGGAGAAGAAUGUGAAAUGGCUCUGGAAUGUAGCGGAGGGGAUUGUGAACAAACUUGCAAAGCUAAAACAUGCAAAAUGAACUGCAGCAAGGGACGGUGUAAAAAACAGGAGUGCUACGCCAGUGGAGGAGUAUGUGAAAUGGCUCUGGAAUGUGGUAAAGGGGAUUGUGAACAAACUUGCGAAGCUAAAACAUGCAAAAUGAACUGCGGAGGGGGACGAUGCAUAAAACAGCACUGCAACAAUGAGGUGAACGUGUGCAAUAUGCAUUGUGAUGCAAGUGAUUGUACACAGUCAUGCGAGGCUGUCACAUGUCAUAUCACUAGAACUUGGCCCAUUAGUCCUCAAGAUAGGGUUAUAUGCUCUGGGAAUGGUCAAUGUUGUGGAAGUCUCAUGUCAUCCUUGGACUCAUAUUCUCUCACGCAGGGUAUCUUUCAAACCACCUGUGGCGGAGAUAAACGCUGCAUGUGUACGAAAUGUUUAAGGGGCCUCUGUAGCUCUUCUGAUUCAUACGGAUCGAAUUGCACUUCAUUAGUUCCGUCAACGGCAAGUCAAUGUUUCACUACUUCAAUUUCAACAGGGCAGCGAAAAGAUAAUCCUCAUACUUGCUAUCAGUUGCAGUCAUCGUCGUCAUCACCGUUAUCAUUACUUUCACCAUCACCAUUACCAUCCUUUUCAGUAUCGUCAUCAUCAUCAGGAGUACAAGCAACAGCAACAGCAGAAUCAGAAUCAGUAUCAUCAAAACCAUUACCAACAGCAGCAUCAUCGUCUUUGCCAUUGUCAACUUGGACACCUCCGUUAGGAGUACUUAAGAAUCUGGUAUGUUCCGCAAUUUCGCUUUUUUUUUUAUUGUAA